CAGCAAGCUUCGAAAAAAAAAAUUGGAAGUGCCCCGUCUAGUCGCACCUCUGAACCAGCGAACUUCAACACGGCAAACCAAUCGAAACCACUUGAGGAAGAAGUGACCUUUUCACAGGGAACAAAGAAGUCAAACACCAGAUACCUGCGAACUUGAGGUCCGAUUUCUAUACUUGCACGGAAGCUUCGAGUCAAUCGCGAAAAACAAGAAGAAGAAAAGACUUCAGUUCCUCGUCGCAAUGGAGUCCUCAGUGGCCCAGGUGAAGGUGAACUUCACGACAACGCAUGAAGACCUGCAGUUGAACGAGAGCAAGAGGCAGUUGAUUGUUCCUGCAGACAUCAAGCGAUAUGGCCUCUCAAGGAUAUUGAACUCCGAGUCCAUGCUCAACACCUCCUCCCCCGUGCCCCUCGACUUCCUCGUCAACGGAACCUACCUACGGACCACGAUCGAAGAAUACCUCAAGGAGAAUGGUCUCUCCUUCGAGACGACGCUCACUCUGCAGUACGUCCGCAGUCUGCUGCCCCCCGUCUACGAGGCAUCCUUUGAGCACGACGACUGGGUCGCCGCCGUCGACGUCCUCUCUGCCACCUCGGCCGCGGACCGCUGGUCCGGCGACGCCCUCGCUCACGGCCCCGACCGCAUCCUCUCCGCCGGCUACGACGGCCUCGUUCGCAUCUGGGACGGCUCUGGCCAGUGCCUCGCGACCUCUCCCUCGGCCCGCGCCGGCGGCCACACCAAGCUCCUGACGGACGCCAAAUUCCUCUCGUCGACGCAGAUCGCUUCCGUUGGCCUGGACCAGAAGAUCGUCGUGUGGAAGUACGCCGAGUCGGCCGACCGCUUCUCGGGCGAGCUCAAGCCCACGCUCGAGCUCCACGGCCACAAGAAGAUGAUCAACUCGCUCGCCGUCCACGGUGCCUCCAAGAAGAUGCUCACCGCCUCCGCCGACGGCCGCGUCGGCCUCUGGCUCGCCUCGAAAAAGGGCAGCCCGGACGUCGACGCCGACGACAUUCCCGCCACGCACGCCAGCAGCGUCAAGCGCGCCAAGCUCUCAAACUCGUCCAUCACCGUCCCGCAAAAGGGCGCCCUCGCCAUGAUCCACGCCCACGCCGACACCUCCGUCACGGGCGCGGCCUUCCACCCCACCGACGCCACCGUCGCCUACUCCGUCUCAGCGGACCACACCCUCCGCACCCUCGACCUCACCACCGCCAGCGUCGUCUCCACCCUCACCACCCUCCACCCGCUCCUCUGCCUCGCGCCCAUGCCGCGCAACUCCUCCCUCGUGGCCGCCGGCUCCUCCGCCCGCCACGUCACCCUCCUCGACCCCCGCGCCUCGGCCUCGGCCACCUCGGUCCUCACCCUCCGUGGCCACGCCAACAUGGUCUCGGCGCUCGCGCCCUCCCCGGACAACGACUACAGUCUCGCGUCGGCGUCGCAUGACGGCACCGUCAAGAUCUGGGACCUGCGGAGCGUGCGGCCCGCGACUAAGGACGAGGGCGGCGGCAGCGUCAGCGAGGCCGUCUACUCUGUCGGGCGGGAGUGGCUCAAGGCCAAGAAGGCGCCCGCGGGCGGCGAGGGCGUCAAGGUGUUUGGCCUCGCGUGGGAUCAGACGUGGGGUCUGGUCAGCGGUGGCGAGGACAAGAAGGUGCAGAUCAACAGGGGGAGAGAUCUCGUCGCUUCCUCGUGAGAGGAUGGGUGGUGCUGUGGUUUGUGAGUUUCUGAGUAUGGGUUGUGGGAUGUGCUGGAUUACGAAAGAGAAAGAGAAAGAGAGAGAGAGAGAGA